AUGUCGUUGGUGACGGUCCUGGUCGUGGCUGCGUGGCACACCCUCGCUUCAGGCGCCCCGCUGCUUGUCGGCACUCCACAGCGAUCACUGACGCGCGACGACGACGACGUUCCGGUCAACUUAUGGAGGCCCUCUUGUCUCCAAUCCCGCUUGGAACUAGGCGGCUCGCGUGGUUUCCAGCCUAACCUACCGUUGUUCGGUGACCUGGCGGUGGGCGAGCGAGCGUUGAGGUCAUCAACAGACCUCAGAGUUGAUGGAUGGUCACCAAAGGCUUUGGCAUGGGCCAGGAAAUUUCCUGUUGUGCCCAGCUGUGUUUUGUCCUCCGGCCCUCAUCGACGCCAAUGCGACGUCCAUGGGACCGGCUCCCGUGCCACAUUCUCCUCGAGAGAGGGACAAGAGGGACUAGCGAGAACAGAGGGACGGAGAGAGACAAAGGAUCCCAAGGAGCCCCCACAGGGCAAAGCAACCCUGCACCGCGUGUAUCGCUCCUACCCUGGUUGCAGAUGGCGAGAUAUUGAACUUUGUCGAGAGAAUUCCGGACAAUGA